GGUUUUUUGUGGUGGUUGUGGUGGUGGUUUUUGUGAUUUUUUUUUAUUGGCCGUUUGCGCGGGGGCGGCGGGUGUUUUUUUUUUUUGGUUUUUUUUUCUUUUUCCCCCCCCCCCCCCCCCCUCUUCUGAGUAUGUGCUUGGAGUUGUCAGGUGCUAAUGGAGAUAUCUUUUGAACAGCACAUUGGUUGGCCGUCGAAGGUGUACAACCGUCCAUUCCUCAGAAUCCUACCGCCGCCGAUUCGCGAAACCUGGAAUUGAUGUCCAAGGGUCCCAACGCCAACUCCACCCUGGCGGCUAUGAGCGGCAGCGGGAAUGUGGCCGUCAAACCGCUGGUGAAGCACGUGCUGUCGAAGGAGCUACAGCUAUACUUCGAGAAGGUUUGCAACGCGUUCCUGGACGAGUCCAGCGAGGAGUACCGCACGUCGGGCUACUCCAGUCUGCGGGAAGACCCGGGACUGCAUCAGCUGGUGCCGUACUUUGUGCAGUUCAUCUCCGAGAAGGUCACCCACGGCAUGAAGGAUAUCUUUAUCCUAACACAGGUAAUGCACAUGGCCGAGGCGUUGGUGCAGAACAAAUCGCUCUACGUGGACCCUUAUGUUGCAUCCCUCGUCCCUCCCAUCCUGACCUGCCUGAUUGGCCGACAACUCGGCGGAAAUGCCGAAUUGUCCGAACAGUUUGCCCUACGAGACCUGUCUGCGUCGCUCCUCGGCCUCAUUGCCAAGAAAUACUCCCCCUCGUCGAUGACGCUGAAGCCGCGACUCGUUCGAUCGUGUUUGAAGACAUUCCUAGACCCGUCGAAGCCGUUUGGCGCCCACUACGGCGCCAUCAUCGGCAUCCACGCGGUUGGCGGCGCGGAGGCGGUGCGCGUCCUGGUUUUGCCCAACGUGCCAACAUACGGAAACCUCCUAAAGGACGGCAUGGCCGACGAAAGUGCGCGGCGGCCGGAGGCCGAACGGGUCUUUGGAGCCCUUCUCAGCGUGCUGGCCACCUUGCGGGAGGGACGCAUGGCUCUGGCCAACGGCGACGGCGGAAUAGUCACCGACGAGGUACGGCAGCGACUUCACAAGGCCGUGGGGGAGUUCAUUGGUAGCAAGAUUAGCGAACUGGGCGAGGUGCAGCUGGCGCAUGCGAUUCUUGACUCAUAA